AUGUACGACGAGUCAUGGUACAGCUUCGUCGAAAUUUCCAACUCUUCCUCCAAGAAAUCCGCACCGACAAACAGUACCAACAGCAACCAAGCUCACCGUCGAAGGGAGUCGUCUCUGCUCCAACAGCCAAAUGGGGCCAACAGCAAUGUUCCCGUAGAAGUCAAGACCCCUCUCGAGAAUGUGUACGAGGAGAUUGAAAACACCAAUACCCCGCCUGAACCGACCCUUCUGCGGCGAGCAGCUUCCUAUUCGGACUUUUACCGUGUCGUGCGGGCGCAAUUCCCUGGGAAGAAGAAGGCCGUAGCAGCCAAGAAGGGACAGAACCGACAAUGGGAUGCCCUCAUGCUGUUCGAGGGCCCUGCGUCCGACAAUAUCGAAGACGACGACUGGAGCUCAACCUUGGACCAUGAGCUUGAUCGACAGCUUCUCGACUCGGCUCAGGAGGAGUACUCGCUCUACCGCGACCAACUCAUACUCACGGAACGCCACCUCGACGGCCUCAUCGACGACGCGAGCAGCACGCUCGACAUCCUGACCACCCUGUCUAACUCGUUCAAGUCGGUCGAGGCGCAGACCUCCACAUUCCAGUCACAGUGCGAGGGCCUGGUCAACGAACAAAAGAGGCUGGAGAAACUAGCGGACGAGGUCGGUACCGACCUAUACUACUACACGUACCUAGAUACUGCGACGAGGAGGCUCAACGCGCCGGGCGCUGGACGUCUAGUCGAAGACCACGGGUUCGGGGACAUGGUGGAGAAUAUCGACGCCUGCAUAAUCUUUAUGGCGGAACGUCCCAACUACCGCGACAGAGACACGUACCUGGCACGGUAUAGUGCCCUGCUAACCAAGGCGCUGCACCUGCUAGACCACGGCUUCACGGCGCGGCUGGACAAGACCAUGACAGAUAUAGGCAAGCAGAUUGCCAACACGCAGUCUGAAUCUGCCCGACACGCCCUCGCCUACGGCCGCUUCGAGGAGAUGAUGGCGGACACGUACGCCCUGAUACCCAACGUGCGCCGGGUGGUCCGCAGCGCCUUUGAUCAGUAUGGCAGGCCCAAGGAGGUGUCGUCGACGUCGUCGGCGGCAGCGGCGGCGCAUGCCACAAGCAUCCGCGAGUCGUACUCCAGCGCCGCAUCCAACAUGUUCCACACGUACCUCACCACGCGGGACCGACACCUCAAGCCCAUGACGCAGCACGACCUAGACGAGCAUGCCAAGGAGGUCAAGGAGCUAUCGGUCGAGACGGCGUCGCGCAACCUGGUCAAGCAGUGUUUCGAGCGCAUCUACAGCGAGGGCAAGAUCUUUACGCACAUCUUUGGCGUGGAGCCGGCCUGGAGCUCCGUUCCCGAGUCGGCCUUCCAGAUCAUCAAGGCUGUCAACACGUUCAUGCCACACCCGGGCCAUCUCAGCCCGCUCGGCAUGGCCCUCCAGUCCAGUCUGCAGUCGGCCGCUGGGGGACUCCAGACCACCUGUGCCGUCGUCGGGUGGCUGGCAAGCGAGCACUCCGUCUCGGAGGUGGAGGAAGACGAGACGCCCUUCUUCCGCAAGAGCAAGGAGUAUGCUGCGCAGCUGCUCGUCUGGAAUAUGUGGCCCUUUGCAGACGCCUGCUUCGAUGCCGAGAUUACGAAGGUCAUCACGAAGGCUACCGUGCAGGAUACGGCCCUGACCGUGGCCCAGUCCGAUGCUUACCCGCUUGUCAAGAAGGCCAUGGAUCUGCUUGCCAGGUUCGAUCAGGCCAUGCCCAAAGAGCGAUCGGCAAAGGAUAGCCCCGUGGUUUUCAAAAUUGUUCGCGAGACGAUCCAAGUGCUGCAAAAGGCCGAAGCGAGGAUCAAGUCUCUCAAGAAUGGCACGGACGGAGACCUCUUCAUGGUCAAGAACCUGCUAAUCAUCAAAAACGAGCUCGUAUCUCUCGAGAUUGGCGACAUCCGCGGGCAGCCCGGGGCAGGCGGAGCAUCGUCGUCGGCCUCGGGCAGGGGGGCAGUCCCGUCGAUGCAGCACUUCAGCCAAGUCUGGGAUACAAUCAGCCCGCAGAACUGGGUCAGCUUCUUCGGCGGCAUCAUGGCAGGCGGCACGACACUUUGGUCCCGCGGCGCCGGCGCUGUUGGUGGCGGCGUCACGCCAGCUGUGACGGCCAAGACUCUCACGGUGGAGGACAUGAGCGAGCAGCUAGACGAGCUACUCCGCCAGUCCAUCUACGCCUUUACCAACCGGUGGGCCACACUCAUCAACGAUUCCAAGGCCAGGAAAGCAGGUGUCAAGCCCAUCGCCAAGGUAGAGGCAGACCUAGACUCGCUCCUCAGAGCAGCCUUUGCCAGUCAGCCAGAGGUGGUAGCUAAGCUCAAGGAGGCUAUUGAGCUGAAUGCCCAGGCGCAGAAUGAUGCCAAGGAUGGGAAGCAGGGUGAAAAAAAGUAUUAG